CCCACCGCGCCAGCUUCAACCUCCCAGCACGGGUGCCUUGCGUCGCAAAAAUGGCCCUCAUCGUCGACAAGCAUCGGCCGCGGUCGCUCGAGGCUCUGACAUAUCACAAUGAGCUGUCGGAGCGGCUCCGGUCGCUCGCUCAAAGCGGCGACUUCCCCCAUCUCCUCGUGUACGGUCCCUCAGGCGCCGGCAAGAAGACGAGGAUUGUGGCCACGCUCAAGGAGCUGUACGGCCCAGGCGUCGAAAAGAUCAAGAUCGACGCGCGCGUGUUCCAGACGAGCAGUAACCGCAAGCUCGAAUUCAACAUCGUCGCCUCCAUCUACCACCUCGAAAUCACCCCUUCUGACGUCGGCAACUACGACAGAGUCGUCGUACAGGACCUCCUGAAGGAGGUGGCGCAGACGCAGCAGGUCGACCAGUCGGCCAAGCAGCGGUUCAAGGUGGUGGUCAUCAACGAGGCCGACCACCUCACGCGCGACGCCCAGGCCGCGCUGCGUCGCACCAUGGAGAAGUACUCGCCCAACCUGCGUCUGAUCCUCCUCGCAAACUCAACGUCCAACAUUAUCGCACCGAUUCGCUCGAGGACGCUGCUGGUGCGAGUCGCGGCACCGACGCACGAGGAGAUAUGCGACGUGCUCGCCCAGUCGGCGAAGAAGGAGGGCUGGGAGGUCGUCAAGGGUCUGCACAGACGCAUCGCCGAGGAUAGCGGCCGAAAUCUUCGGAGAGCCCUCCUCAUGUACGAAGCCGUCCAUGCGCAAAACGAAAAAGUAACGGAAAGCACGCCGAUUCCGCCUGCCGACUGGGAGGCAUUGAUCGGCCAGAUCGCCAAGGAAAUCAUGGAAGAGCACACCCCCGCCAGGAUCCUGCAAGUUCGGUCGAAACUCUACGACCUGCUCACGCACUGCAUCCCGCCGACGACCAUCCUCAAGACCCUGACAUUCAAGCUUCUGGCCCUCAUCGACGACGGGCUCAAGAGGGAGGUGAUCCAAUGGUCAGCCUUCUACGAGCACCGGAUCAAGACGGGCACCAAGGUCAUUUUCCACCUCGAGGCGUUUGUGGCCAAGUUUAUGCGGAUAUUCGAGAUGUACCUGAUGAGCAUGGACAUGUAACAGGGGAAGCGGACCAACAAGUCUCGUGGCGGAGGUAUCGGAGUCUGGCGUGUGUUUUGGCUUUCUGCAUCCAAUUACUCGAUUUCAAAACAAAACUUAUUGGAGCCGCAUUGGCUCGGGACGGGCAGGAACUCAUCGUGGCCAGAGGCCGUGCAUCGUUGCACAACGCGACCUAUGUACUAGUUACCGACCCGUCCAUCCCCCCAUGUACACAGCAUGAUCUGGCAAAUAUAUGCAAGUUGCAAUCGUC